AUGGCGAACGAAAUCGGAUUUUUCGAACUCAACACCGGAGCAAAAAUCCCAUCGAUCGGUCUCGGUACAUGGCAGGCUGCUCCUGGAGUAGUCGGAGACGCCGUCGCCGCCGCUGUGAAGAUUGGUUAUCAGCAUAUUGAUUGUGCUUCAAGAUAUGGCAAUGAAAUGGAGAUUGGGAAAGUUUUGAAGAAGUUAUUUGAAGAUGGCGUAGUGAAGCGUGAGAAGUUGUUCAUCACAUCAAAAAUCUGGUUGACUGAUCUUGACCCUACGGAUGUGCAGGAGGCAUUGAACAGAACUCUACAGGAUUUACAACUUGAUUAUGUCGACCUGUAUCUCAUGCACUGGCCUGUUCGGUUGAAGAAAGGCACAGUUGACUUUAAGCCGGAGAACAUUAUGCCUAUCGAUAUUCCUAGUACAUGGAAAGCAAUGGAAGCACUGUAUGAUUCAGGCAAGGCACGAGCCAUUGGUGUAAGCAAUUUCUCUACAAAGAAACUCUCAGAUCUAUAUGAGGUUGCUCGCGUUCCUCCAGCUGUAAACCAGGUUGAAUGUCAUCCUUCAUGGCAACAACAUAAGCUACACGAGCUCUGCAAGUCCAAAGGAAUCCACUUGUCUGGAUAUUCGCCUUUAGGUUCUCCAGGAACAACGUGGGUGAAGGCCAAUGUUCUAAAGAACCCGGUUCUGAAAACAAUUGCUAAAGAACUCGGGAAGUCUCCUGCACAAACCGCGCUUCGAUGGGGUCUUCAAAUGGGUCAUAGUGUACUUCCCAAAAGCACAAAUGAAGUGAGAAUCAGAGAGAAUUUUGAUCUAUCAGGAUGGUCGAUCCCAGAUGAUAUGUUUGACAAGUUUUCUCAGAUAGAACAGGCUAGGUUAGUCCAAGGUACGUCAUUUGUUCAUGAGACAUUGAGUCCUUACAAGACACUAAAAGAGCUUUGGGACGGUGAGAUAUGA